AUGGCACUCAUUGACACCGUACUCACCUUUCGCGACCGUGAAAAUGAGCCAGAUCCUCUCAAAGCAUCAUGGUACUUAGUGAGCGCGGCUGCUCUGGCUGGUGCGGGUGCCGGCUCUGAGACUCUUCCGGUAUAUCGUGCCGCAAUCGCUGACCUGCCUUCCGACGCCGCCAAGCUGGUGCAGAGACGUUUGAAGGAGGCUAUCCUAAAAUCAACAACUUUUGUCGGGGUGCCAAGGGCACUGGGGGCGACGCGUGAUUUUUAUGCCUCCCUAAAAGAUGAGGAAAUUGAUGACUAUGGACCACGGUAUGAGACAUAUAACGACCCAGAAGAACAACAGAGAAGGGCAACUCGUGGAAAGAAGUUCUUCGACGUUCUCUGGACGCCCGAGUCUGCGGAAGGUAUUCGAGUAGCAAUGAAAAAGCACCAUCCGGAUCUUUAUCUGCUGAAUCAAAAGCUUAUCUAUGAGUUCUGGGCCGCGGAUGACCGCAUUCUAAGCAAUGUUGAGACGGAGCUGCUAGCUAUAGGAGCUCUGAUCACCAUGAACUGUCCCGACCAGCUCAUUUGGCAUAUGAAGGGAGCCAUACGACAUGGAGCUAACGAACAGCAGGCUCGACUUGCAUACGAGCUUGGCAUGGCCGUAGCGAAGGCUACGGACUGCAAGCUGGGCAAGAUGCCAACGCUAGACGAGAUCGACCUUGGGAACUCCAGCUUCGCAUUCUGAAAUCUUGUUGCUCAAAACCCGGAGAGAGCGUGUUAGAGCGUACUGGCACAAUGAUGUCCGCCGGAAAUAUAAGCAUGUGCCAGACACUGCUAUCGUACUGCUCCAAGAAGUUCAGAGUUACUCGUACCUGAGCGCGUUAAAAAAGUUUAGAAAAACUGUCAGCACAUCAUCGUGCGCGGAUUUGUGUGGCUACUGCGGACAAAGCGGGGUGAAGCAGGGACUGGGUGAAGUUUUGGUUCGAGCUUCGAGCUUGGGUGCACGCAGGACUGUGGGAU